AUGCAGCAGAAACAGGAUUCUCAGAGCCGAGCCCCUGGCAGCCUGGGGAAGGUAGGAGUGUGUGUUUUUGUGUGUAUUAUUGUGCACAUGAAAGUGGCACAUGUAGUAUGUUUAUGUAGGAGCUACAAAGAGACAGCUUUGAAUGAUGUGAAUACAGCAGAAAUGUAGAAAUUCAGAUUAGUUUGAUUUUGUUGCUGUCAUUGUUGUUGUUGUUGUUAUUGUUAUUGACUCACUAUAACUAUCGUUCAUGAUGUUAAUGUUAAAAUAAAGCAUAUUUUUAUGUCUUUAUGUUGAGGUCUGCCUCCCUGCCUGUUUGUCCAUGAGGCAUGUAACAACAGAUAAUGUUGAGUCUCAGUUUAAUUCAACCCAGCAGCUCCUGUGUGUGUUUGUGUGUGUCAGUGUGUGUGUAUCUUUGUGUAUGUGAACUGUCUCUACACAUCUCCAUCUAAAUACAAGUAACAGCAAUGAAACACGCCUGCUGUCAUUAUGGCUAUAAUAACACUUUUUAAAUUUGUACCAUUACACAGUUUUACUUUUAAAAUUGGUUCUGUGGCCAUAAGUAUAUUUUUCUGUUGUUUUUCAUGCUGUUUUUGUUUGUCUUCCAGGACUGGGACAAACAUAAAUAAGUAUUAACGUUUAGAAAUGUUCAUGAUUAUGUAGUUGCCAAGAACUUGGAGAUAAUGUCUGAAUGCAGUUUAUCAAUGCAAUAAGACUGUAUAGAUGGGUUUAUACAGGCUAUUCCACACUUAUGUUUGUAUUGGUGUAAGUCCAGAUGAGGGGUUAAUGAAUAAAUGCUUAUCAGGCCCCAAGGAGAUGUGUGAGAUAGUUUAAAAACUGUUACAGUUGUUGUCCACCAGAGAGCAGUGUGGAGUGAGUGAUUUCUCAUGAACUUUUCUAACUAGUAAGGAUCUUGGUUUUGUAAAAAUCAUAAGAAAAAAAGUUUUAAAAAUCUGUGUUCGUUAUUUUUUAAAUCACCUAUACUCUGUCAACCAGUAUUAGACCUUUUAGAGUCUGAAAUUUGGCAUCAUGCCUAAUAUCAGCUGUGCUAACUGAUAUAUUUCCUAUUGCUUACAAACUCACAUUAACAGUAAAUAGUACUGCUGUAUAGACUCCAUUUGCCAACAGAGUAAGUGUUUUUUUUAUUAUUCCUGACUUUGUUUAGUUAUUUAUUUGACCCCAAUUCUCAAAGUCAGAAAAGAAGCCAUAGUUUUCUUCACUUUAAAAAUAUCCUAAUUUGAUGGUUCAGUUUGAUUGAUGUGGAACUGUGUGGGUGUUUGACUGAUAAAUAACUGCUGCGUUCAGACAGACUAAGCAACUAUUUCACUUGACUGCCUCCUGCAGAUUAUCUCGUGUCAUGCACUAGAAUUAAAAUCUCAAAAAUAGAAUCACACCCACAUCUGUGCAGCAGGCAACACUGUGUUAUUGAACACUGCUGAUCUGUUUCUGUGUCAUCUCUAGUUCCAGAGGAGUAUUGGGGAAGUAGAGGAGCAUGCUGACCUCUGGAUUGGCUACUGUGCCUUCCACCUGGGCGACUACAAGAAAGCCAUGAAGUCCCCUUAAAGUGUGAAAAAUAUCUUCCUCCAAACACCUGUGGGAUAAAAAAAAUGAUGAGAUGUGUCUGUCAGGUUUUCAUAUUAUUUGAUGACUUUUUUUUUUGUUCUACUUCAUCACGUCCUCACAGGUGUACAAGUCCCUGACCAUGAACCCGGAUUGUCCAGCUGAGGUGUGGGUCUAUCUGGCCUGUGUUCUGUUUUUUCUUGGGCUCUAUAAAGAGGCUGAGGAGGCUGCAUCUAAGGGUAAGUUUUCUAGCUGAGUGUGUUUGUAAAAUGUUAAAUGAUUCCCCCAAUUAUUUAAUGUUACUAUGAAAUUUAAAAUGAAAAAUCAAACUGAUAUAGAUUCCCCCAAUCGCAAAGAAUAACAUUAUUAGGCUUGUACACAGCAGAGAGGAGGAUUAUUGUUGGUAUGAUGCUGUUACUGAGAUGAGCAACAAACAUGAGUGCAUGACGAUACAGAUCAGAAUUAAGUCUACAGCAUCGAAUCUCUGACCCCCUACCUUAUUGUUGAGAAUGAAUUGUGUCAGUUCUUAAUAGUGUUGUUUCUCAUGUAACUAUAUCAAGCAGCAGAAGAUAGUAUAUGACUAGAAUUAGGUCUGAGAGCUGAUGUCCUAUUCUCUCUGCAUCCCGUCUCUCAGAGAUUUCCUGGCCCUGAAGGUUUAUGUGGCUCUUUGUUACUAUAAACUGGACUACUAUGAUGUCUCCCAAGAGGUGUUAGCCGUGUACCUGCAGAGAGUUCCUGACUCCACAAUUGCCCUCAACCUGAAGGCAAAGCAGCUGAGGUACUCAGGUUUGACCGUCUCUGACAUGUCUCUAGAUAUAAAUAUGUGUAUAUACACAUGCAUUUAUAUAGUAUACACAUUUUGGCCUUUCACACAUCAAAUUGUGUGUUUGUUUUUUUCACUUUUUGUUUGUGGGAAAAAGUGUUGGUAGAUUUUAACUUGUGUGAAAUCUCUUCUAAGGCGGAGCUUGAGAACCUCAUUGACAUCUCCUCCUGUUCCUUUGAGUUUGCUAAGGAGCUUAUCCGACACAACCUGGUAAGCUCCACACAAGCCCUGAUAUGAGUGUGUACAGAUUUGUGCCUGUGAGUGUGCGCAGUCACUACAGUCACCAGUGACUUACACACUGUUAUUCUGCACACUCAUUCUCACCUCUGUGUACUGUAGGUGGUGUUUCGUGGAGGAGAGGGGGCAUUGCAAGUCCUGCCUCCCUUGAUCGAUGUGAUACCUGAGGCCAGACUCAACCUGGUCAUCUACUAUCUCAGACAAGGUGGUUUGGCUGCUGAGACGAAAGAAAUGUGUCCACAAAAAUACAGACAGUGGAUGAAAUCACAGCCACGACCUUUCCCAUUAUCCAUUCUCAUUUUACUGUCACAUUUAUCAUCGAAUAGUUCAUGUGAAUGCAGCAUCUUUUUCUGUGCUUUAGGAUUGACGUCAGAUUUUGAGAAAAGUCACAUUAUCUAAUGCUCCAUUAUCAAUUUUAGAUGACAUAAGCGCUGAUGCUUUAUUUACUUUGAAAUCAAAGCAAACACAGUUUAAGGGUUUGUAUGUUCUCUUUUUUAUUUGAAAGAAAUCAUGCUGGAUUAAAUAAAACCUCUUCUCAAACCUCUUGUCCUUCCUCCUCUUGAGAGUUCUUGAAGAGUCUUUUAUUCAUGGAUCUGAAAGCAUGUGAAGUAUUUGGCUGCUGUUCCUUUGUUUGUUUAUUUUUUGCUUAUAUAAGUAGAUUUAAUGAAAAAGGCUUGGCAAGUUCCUAAAAGAUACACUCGUGUUUCUUUGUGUGUUUGUAAUAAAUGAAUCAGGGUUGUCUUCCUCAGUAACCUCAGAGAGACUGAGAAGAGAGCAGAUAAAGUUUUUUAACUUUUUUCACUUGUCUCUUUUUUCAGGAGUACAUUUUAAAAGGAGUAGUAAACGCAGCAUUGGGACAAGACAUUGGAUCAGUAAGUAUUCCUUUGAAACAAUUGUUAGCACAAAGAAAAGCAAUAACACAAGUUUGAGACAAAUGUUUGAUAUUGUUCAUCUUUCAGAGGGAUCACCUGAAAAUUGCUCAGCAGUUCUUUCAGUUAGUUGGAGGCUCGGCCAGCGAGUGUGGUAUGCUGAAUGGAAAUAUGAUUGAUGUGAUCCUUUAAAGUGACUCUGUGUGUGUGUGUGUCUGAAAGUGUGUGUAUUAACAACCUCUUCAUUUCCAGAUACUAUUCCUGGCAGACAGUGCAUGGCCGCCUGUUUCUUCCUCCUGAGAAAAUUUGAUGAUGUUCUCAUAUAUCUGAACUCAGUCAAGGUUAGUGCUGCUCAGCACACAUUAAAGGAUAUAGUCCUGUGGAUAUAAACAAUUAGAUUUUACCAGUUUAUGUAAAAAAGGUUUGAAUAAAGACUGUCUUUAACUGAAGGAGUUGUGUUCUUUUAAGUGAUGCCAAAUGUGCACAAUUUCUGCGAUGAUUUAUGUGACCACAAAGCAGAGACUCUAAAUGGUUUUAUUUCUAAAGGCUUGGGCAUUUGUCUUUGCAGAGUUACUUUGCCAAUGAUGAUACGUUCAACUUCAACUAUGCUCAAGCCAAAGCUGCCCUCGGUAACUACAAACAAGCAGAAGAGGUAACUUACCUCAGUGCACAUCAACACAAACGCCUUUAA